AUGGAACAACCUAAGGGUUUUGUCGAUUCGGCUUUUCCCACUCAUGUUUGUAAAUUAAACAAGGCUCUCUACGGUUUAAAACAAGCUCCGCGAGCAUGGUUUCACCGGCUUAGCUCAUUCCUUGUUACUUACGGGUUUACAUGUAGUCGGGCCGAUACCUCCCUAUUUGUUUUUCGGAAAGAUGACUGCCUUAUGUAUCUUCUUGUGUACGUCGACGAUCUAAUCUUAACAGGCAAUAAACCCAUAAUGCUCACAAACUUCAUUACUCGUCUUCAUAAUGAAUUUGCAAUCAAAGACCUGGGAUCCUUGAAUUAUUUUCUGGGUCUUGAAGUUGUUCAUACGGAUGAUGGCCUGUUUCUUAGUCAAUGUAAGUAUGCUCACGACAUACUUUCCCGAGCCGGUCUUCUUGAAACCAAACUCGUACCUACUCCUCUAGCCACCACCGAUACAUUUGUGUCCACGGGUUCUCCUUUUUCUGACCCAACUCUCUAUCGUUCUCUUGUUGGCGCGUUACAGUAUUUGACUAUCACUAGGCCCGACCACUCUUAUGCUGUGAACCAAGCUAGUCAGUUUCUGCAUGCUCCAACCGAUCAACAUUUUCAAUCUGUGAAACGUAUCCUUCGGUAUGUUAAGGGUACAAUGUCGUAUGGUCUCAUCUUUAAACGUUCGAAACGUACUACUAUUUUGGGCUAUUCUGAUGCGGACUGGGCUCAGUGUAUUGAAACACGUCGAUCCACUUAUGGUUAUUCUAUCUUUUUAGGAGGUAACCUCGUUUCUUGGAGUGCCAAGAAGCAACCCACCGUCUCACGUUCCAGCUGUGAAUCAGAAUAUCGAGCAAUGGCUAACACGGCAGCAGAAAUCAUCUGGGUUACUCACCUGUUACGGGAGUUACAUGCGUUACCAUCCGAUCGACCAACGUUGCUUUGCGAUAAUCGUAGUGCAUUAUUCAUGACUCAAAACCCCGUUUCUCACAAACGGGCCAAACACAUCGAUUUAGACUACCAUUUUGUUUGGGAAUUGGUUAUGUCUGGUAAGCUCUACACGCGGUUUGUACCCACCAAGCUUCAACUAGCGGAUAUCUUCACCAAAAGUUUGCCACGCUCUCAAUUUCAGCAUUUUCGAACGUUGCUUCGUGUAGGUUCGCUACCGUUUCGCUUGCGGGGGGAUGAUAGAAUCAAAGAUAAUUCCACAAAUCAAGCAAAUGACUGA